AGCACUUUGACUGCCGGAACCACAUACGUGUCAUCCAGUCUAUGGGAGACGGAAACCGACUGUACAUCUGCGGUACCAACGCACACAAUCCAAAGGACUGGGUCAUCAAUGCCAACUUGACCCACCUUCCUCGAAAUACCUUCGUUCCUGGCAUCGGCAUGGGCAUCGCUAAAUGCCCUUACGACCCCGCGGACAACUCCACCGCGGUUUGGGUAGAACACGGCAACCCCGGCGACCUUGCCGGGUUGUACUCCGGAACCAACGCAGAGUUCACCAAGGCGGACACUGUCAUCUUCAGGACGGACCUGCACAACCACACCACAGGGAGGAAGGAGUACAGCUUCAAGAGGACCUUGAAGUACGACUCGAAGUGGCUAGACAAACCGAACUUUGUGGGCUCCUUCGAAAUCGGCGAGUACGUAUUCUUCUUCUUCCGUGAGACCGCCGUCGAGUACAUCAAUUGCGGCAAGAGCGUCUAUUCCAGGGUAGCCAGAGUAUGCAAGAGAGACACUGGAGGCAAGAACAUCCUGUCGCAGAACUGGGCGACUUAUCUCAAAGCCAGGCUCAACUGCUCUAUCCCUGGGGAGUUCCCGUUCUACUUCAACGAGAUACAAAGCAUCUACAAGGUUCCAGGAGAUGACACAAAGUUCUAUGGUACCUUCACAACGUCCACUAAUGGUCUUAUGGGAUCCGCGAUCUGUUCUUUCACCCUGGAAGAUAUUCAGGCAGCUUUUAGCGGGAAAUUCAAAGAACAAGCUUCGUCCUCCUCUGCAUGGUUGCCAGUUCUGUCUAACAGGGUUCCAGAGCCCAGACCUGGGACGUGCGUCAACGACACCGAGACUCUCCCGGACACGGUAUUGAACUUCAUCAGGAGCCACCCAUUGAUGGAUUCUGCUGUGAUGCAUGAAAAUGAGAAACCUGUGUUCUUCAAACGAGACGUCUUCUUCACCAGAUUGGUCGUGGAUAAGAUCAAAGUCGAUAUUGGAGGAGCCGUACUGGAUUAUAUUGUUUACUACGCCGGAACAAAUGACGGUCGCGUUCACAAAAUAGUGGAAUGGAAGAAAGACGACUCUUCCUCCUCCAUUCUCCUGGACGUGUUCGACGUCACCCCCGGCGAACCAAUCCAAGUGAUGGAAAUUUCAAAAGAGCACAAGGCGCUCUAUGUCGCUUCCGACCAUAGAGUGAAACAAGUGGAUCUGGUGAUGUGCAACAGGCGGUACGAUAACUGCUUGCGGUGUGUCCACGAUCCUUAUUGCGGAUGGGACAAGGAUAUGAAUGUGUGCAAACCUUAUUCGCCAGGCCUUCUGCAAGAUGUUUCAAACAGCACAGCAGACGUCUGCGACAGCAGUGUAGUGAAGAAGAAAAUGGUGGUAACUUGGGGUCAAAGCCUCCAUUUAGGCUGCUUUUUGAAGAUGCCGGCCGUGCUGGCUUCGCAAACCAUCACCUGGUAUCAUUAUUCCAAGGAAAAGGGACGAUACAAGAUACAGUACAGACCAGACAAGUACAUCGAGACUUCAGAACAUGGAUUGGUGAUCAUUGCUGUUACUGAGGCAGAUGCUGGAAGGUACGACUGUUGGAUGGGAGCUUCACUCCUGUGCUCUUUCAACGUCACAGUGGACGCGCACAGAUGCUCGCCGCCAGCCAAAAGCAAUGACUACCAGAAGAUCUACUCGGACUGGUGUCACGAGUUCGAAAAAUACAAAUCCGCCAUGAAGGUGUGGGAGAAGAAACAAGCGCAAUGCUCGUCGAGACAGAACAACAGCAACCAGAACAGUCACCCGAACGAGAUUUACCGCCCUUUGGUGUGAUAGCUGAUCGAACGCGGUCCACUUGCACUCACCUUCCUAGGUAUACCCAUUUACUGGACUCUCGUUUUAUUUGUGUAAAUACGUUUUCAUACAAGGGAGACAUCCAGACUUCAGUUUCGUUGUAAGUUUUUUAUAUAUUCGUAUAGUUUAUAAUGGCAGAUGGCAAGUUCACUUCGAUUCUUCGAGGACAGAGAAUGAAUGAUUCAAAGUCAGUAUCCGGAACGAGGUUGGAAUAAGGGCAUCUUCGGUGCCUCAACCGCCCGGAAAUACAAAUUUGUGCAUUAAGAAUUUAAUAAUUUUCGAAUCAAAAAACAAUGUCAAUAUUGCUUCGACGCCAAGUAAGUCAAAAUAAUAUGGAAAGUUCUUAACAUCUAUUGCAUUAUAGGACCUUUUAUAUUAUUUUACGAUGUACCUUCUAAUCCAGAAACAAUACCACUUGUUAUGGAAUCAUCCUGUAUAUAAAAAAAUGUACUUUUUGAAAUUACGACUUGUAAAAAACGAUUUUUAAACAAUCAUAACUCAAUUGAUUUUGAACAUAUUUUUUCUAAGAUAAACUUGCCACCUGAUCGACUUUUUAUAUGUAAAAAAGUGCCCAGUUUUGUGAUGCGACAUUUUAAACUAAUUAUUGCUUCAAUGUUAAUAUUUCAACAUUUUCUCAAGCUUAUUUCAAUUUAUUUAUCCCAUCGAAUUUUAAUUUUUCCACAGAAAAUUUAGAUAAUUUUCGCUAGACGUAAGAAUAUGACACCUAAGAAAUAGACUGAAUUUUGACAAAACAGCUGUGCGAAUAAUGUUCUCUAAAUGAUAGCCUACAAUUUGCGCCAUAAUAUAAUUCAUUAAUUAACAUAGAGCAUCAAUUAAUAAAAUGACUCUUAUACCUCGACACGGAUUCACUUAUUUAUUUUAUUAAUCUUGGUUGAAUCAGAUCAGCAUAAAUUAUGUUUUUCAACAAUUUAAAUUUUCAAUUUUCAAACUCUAUCCAAUGAUAUAGAUGAAAAAGGUUUGAAGAAACCUCAUUCCCUCCAAAUAACAUAGGAACUAGAUAGAGUCUGAAAAAUAUUAGUUUCACCCUUAUAAUCUCCAACAGUAUUAAUCAAAUUCUACUAUAAAUUUUGGUAAACUGUUUACAGUGUAUUUACAUAUAAACCAAAUAACGUAAACGACCUAGUUCCUAAUUUGAAAAAGUUCCAAUGUCACCAGUUAACUAGAGAGAAAAAUCAGUCUACUUUUUCUGUCAUUUCUUAAACCAUCUAAAUAUUGUAGGUCUGUGAUAUACGUGUAUUGUAAUUAAGCAAAAAAAUUCAAUGAUAUUUUAGUAGAUCGAUUGAGACGAUUGCAAAACAAUCACUUACUUGUCAAACUGAUAUUGGACCAAAAGUGAAUGGACUCUUAUAAAACGGAUAAGGUUUUAACCAGAAGUUUUAAAAGGUUUUUUAAAGAGUUUGAUUGGUAUCUGUUACUGCUUUUAAUGAAACAUUAAUAAGUACGCCAUAGAUUUUCAGUAACCGAUUCUUCAAUAAUAAAUAAAUAGAUUUCUUAUCCUUUAAAUGAUAGUUUUACUAUUUUGUCAUUGAAAAAGCAAUUUAGUCGCUGUACAAAUAGUCUGUGCGUAUGUAUAAAAUAAACAUUCAUUAAAAAAACCAAACAUGAACAAUAUAUAAAAAUUUCACAAACUACGGAAAUACACACAUAGAUGAAAUCACAUUAUACAGAAAAGAGACUGAGAUAUUUUAGAAGGCGAUUCCUUGUUAAAAAAAUAUUAAAAGUUAAAAAAAAUUUAAAGUUUCUAUAAACAUGGGUCCGGAAAUGCAGUUUCCAUGAUACAGGGUGAUGAAUUUAAAAAAAAGUUUUAUUAAUAUCUUAGAUAAUAUUACUCGAUUCUGUUGAAAUUUGUAAAUAUUAUAUGUUGUAUUGAGAGGCUAAUUUAGCCACAAAUAGUUUAAAAUCAUCAAGUCUAGUGGCGUCCCGGGGGCACCUUAGAAUAUUAUUAGCAAAAAAAUGUACGCUACUGCCUUUUUUGUAUCUUCAAUAUUUGUUGUUUAAGCAUCUAAAAAUUCAAAUUCUUUGUCUCUUGUAUUUUUUUUUUCGUAUCUAAAAAGAAAUAAAAACCAUUUUAUUGCAUGUCUCUAGACAAAAUUGGUUUAUUAAUAUUUGCUAAAAAAAUCACAAGUGCGGCCUUGGAACACAAAAAAUAAAAAAAAAACCUCGGAAAGUACAUUACAACAAAUGUGCAAAAAUUAAUAAACCAAUUUUGUACAGUGACAUGCAAUAAAACUCGAAAAGGAAGAGAUUUACGAAAAAAAUACCAAGAUGCAAUGUUACAGAAAAUGCAAUGGCGUACAUUAUUUUGCCAAUAAUUUUCGCUAAGUUGCCCCUCAAGAUGCCACUGGACCUGAUAAUUUUAGUCUAUUCAGGGCCACAUCAGUCUCUUAAUACAGCAAAUAAUAUUGCCAAAUUUCAACAGAAUCGAGUGAAUAUUUUUUAAGAUGUUAAUUUUUUUUAAAUUUAUCACACAAAACAUCGCCGUCUAUUGUUCGAACACCUUGUUUAAAAAUUUCACAAAACACGAAAAUACACAAAUUAUAGAGGAUCGAGCCCAAUGAAGAAUGCACAUUAUAUAAUAAAAAGUUUCACGUAAUAUGAUCUUUGGAUAGUAGAUUUUGUGACUUCUUUAUAUAGAUUGAUAAAUUUGAAACUACACAGAUACCAACAAGGCUCAUUUGGAAAAACCUGGAACUUCUGGUAUACGAAAAAAGUGAAUAUAUUGUAAAAUUUAGUACACACUUAAAAGCAAUACGGCUACAUGCUUGCAUGUAUUGGUCCCUUUUCGAGAUCCUAUAUGGCUCCAAAUGUACAUAAUUUGAAUGUUGGUUAGACUUUUUUUCGUUUUCAUAUAUAGUCACUUAUAUUGAGCAGUGUAAAUUGUAAUGUAAAAUUACAUAGGAAACAAAUGAAUUUUAAAUGAAUUUCAAAUGAUAGGCUUGUUUGAUCUGCUUGUAAUAUUUAAGGACAAUCAAUACAGAGAUGAAUUAUACGGACUUUUGUUGUCGAAUUGAAUGUUGAA